CGCGCUUUUCAAGAGGUAUGGGGUUAUCCACCGCAUCUCCACCGCCUACCAUCCACAGUCAAACGGACAAGCCGAGGUAACAAAUAGAGAGAUCAAGUCCAUUUUAGAGAAGACUGUGAACCCCAAYCGGAAAGACUGGAGCUUAAGGAUUAAUGACGCCUUGUGGGCCUAUCGUUCGGCCUACAAGACGCCCAUAGGUAUGUCUCUUUUCCGGUUGGUGUACGGUAAACCUUGCCACCUCCCGGUGGAAUUAGAGCACAAGGCGUAUUGGGCGGUGAAGACGUGCAAUAUGGAUUUGGAUGAAGCGGGAUCGCAUAGGAAGCUUCAAAUUCAAGAGUUAGAGGAGAUACGGAACGAUGCCUACGAAAAUGCUCGCAUUUAUAAGGCGAAGACCAAGGCGUUCCAUGACUCUCAUAUAUCACUGGAAAUUCAAAGUCUAUCUACGGGGCAAAUUUUCAAAGUUAACGGYCAUAGGCUAAAGCCGUUCUAUGAAGGGUUUGAUGGAAGGGAAUUAGAGAGAGUAGCUUUGGACACGCCAAGCUACAACAAUUGAACCGAGUAUGGUCUAGCCAAAGACGUAAAAGAAAGGCGCUGCGUGGGAGGCAACCCAUGAAUUUCCAUUUCUUUUUAUUUAUUGCUUUCAGUUAUUUAAUUUACUUUUAGAUUCUUAAUUUCACUCUUAGAUUUCUGCAUUCUCAGUUUCACCCCGAAUGUUGGACGCUUAAAGAGACGCGCCCAUCUCCACGGAUUCUUACAUUGGGAGGUCACUCAUCAAAUCAGGGGAGUUUUCUAUUCCUUUUUCCUUAAUUGUUUAGAGUGUCCUCUAAUUAUUGCAUACCUUGAGGACAAUGUAUGAAUUAAGUGUGGGGGUGGGGUUAUUUGCAUGAAAUGGGUAUAUAAAUGGUUUUAGGGGUCAAAUUUUUGCUUUUUGCAAAUUUUGUGCUUAAAUGAGGAUCUUGUCCGUUUUGACAAUGUGUUAGCAUGCUUUUAUUGAGCUUAAAUUGUUGAUGACAAUGAGUUUGGAUGCAUAUAUAGCAUGAUUGAGCUUGAUUGAUAGCACUUAGAGUGAUUAGUGGUAGCAUAUCGGUCAAAGUAGACUAUUGUUAAUCUCUUGAACUAGUUUUGAACACCGUGAGACUUUGAGCUUAUUUAGACUAAACACUUGAUAUUAGUCUCAAAUUCAUUUCUUGUAUGAUUGCGUCAUGCCUAGAUAUGCAUCUCUAGAACUUGAUUUUUCUCUCCUUAAGACUACAUGAUAACUACAUGCUAAUAAACAUGAUAAAG